AUGCUCCAUGUAACAUUCGAUCGUGAAAGAGCAAAGCUGAGUCUUCAGACGGCAACGGGUAGUAUAUCAACCAACUCAAUCCUCUCAAUCUCUUCAAUCUUUCAUAUCACCCUUGCUUCUGAUCCUCCCAACCGAAGCAUCUCCGUCUUCCGUCCUCAACAGAACGACUGCCACAGUACACCCGCCCCAGAACUCCGUUAUACGAUCACCAAUAUGCCGUCUACGAUGGGAUGGAUCUGGCCCAGAGACCCCAAGCUCGCAAAACAGUCCCGCUGGCCUCGUGGUAGGCGCUUCCUCGAUGUCCUCCGUAAUAAGGGCCCGGAUAUCUUCAUCGGCACUAUCCACAGUCCCAAUGACGAAAACUUGCGCCACUGGUCCGGUUGGGAACAUCGCAGCGGUAAUCGGCGAGCCAAAGACAUCCCGGCUCUGCCGGGUUGGGGUAGAGCACGCCAGGGCGACGAAAAAUACGAUUUCAGAACGAGGCGAUAUCAGGUCCCUGACAAGGGCACAUGGAGUGCUGUCAGGUACUGCGAUUGCGGCAAGCCUCGAUCGGGAGGGAGAGGCAAACAGCAUAUCAUCCCACUACAAUACUGGGACAAAUAUGGCAAUCCGUAUCCAUCUGAUAUCCAUCAUGAUCUUUUCUACGGCCCUCCUGAAGACUGGAAUGAACGCUGGAGACGCUACAGAGCCGAAAUGGCUCAACUUUCGUUUCUGUCGGACACUGAAAUACGAGGCAUGCAGGUUGCUCAAGCUCGCCGAUAA